UUCCAUCUUCUCUUCCUUCUGUCUGCACUUACACUGGAUCGUCUCUUUCUGACCGCCUCUUUCACGAGCAUCCACACGAAUUCGAACAUAUAUAGCAUAGAACUUACGAACGCAUACCCAAUGUCCUCUCUAUUCUCAUCGCUCAAACGCCAGCCCGUUUUGCGCUCUCGCACACCCAACACUGUAUCACCACCCAAACCAACUGUAUCUUCACGCUCUAUCUUCUCUUCGAAGUCAAGAAGACAUACGCCGACUCUCCCAGAUCUGACCGAAGAAGAUGAAGAUACACGCUCACCUCUCCCAUCUCCAUCUAUCGCAUCCUCUUCGACGAUCCACUUAUCGCCGACCAGCACACCACGCACCUCGAGGAGUAUGAAGCGAUUGAGCAAGUACGGCAAGGCCGACUUCCAAAUCCCAGAAGGCGACGAUGGCGUAUUCACUGCUCCGCGCCCUGCACCCAGUCCACCCAAGCCCAAACAGGAGGAAGGAGGCAUCAUCUAUGUCUCGCCUCUACUUUCACCUGUCUCCCUCAGCGACUUCGAGUUCGACGAGACCGCGCCCUCGACUACUUCUCCCGUUCUCCCAUCGUCACCCUACGCGUCUCCCCCACGCACGCCCACAACCUCCGAACGUCCUCGUCCUGCGAUCGUUGCGCGUUCGCCAACGGAGUCGGUGUCGAGUGUUGGUCUGAAUGGUUCGAGUUCUUCGGAGGGUGAAUGGGGUUACAUGCCGAGGACACCGACCAGCUCGGAUGAUGAGAGGUUUCCGAUGGAGUUCUAUGUUGGAACAGAUAGCCCUGUGAUCGUUCCCAGGAGGGCCUCCAUUCAUCCUCUAGUCAUCAACAAGUCAUCUCCCCCACUUCCUGUCGCACUUGCCUCGGUGCCCGAAUAUUCGCAGGAGUCGGAAGCAGACGAUGAAAUGGAUGAUAUCCUUGACGCUUAUGAGUUCACGAUUCCCGAGUCUUCUAUGCCUUCACCCCCUCUCCAACCAGAAUCUGUGGAAGAAGAUGAGGCUGAGGACUCCGACUCCGACGACGAAUCCUACAUCUCCGACGAUGGCCUCUUCUACGCCCUUGCUCACUCCGGUUAUGACCUCACCACGUCUGCGACCUCAUCUUCGAUCUUCACUCGCCCAGACUCCCUCCCUCCGACUCCCCGUCGGACGUCACUUGGACCUGCUCGCCGCUCAUCCAUCCCCUCCCUCCGCCGUCGCCGUUCCUCCCUCCAAUCCAUCCGCGCCACUUGCAAACCCGUUCCCAGCUCACAAUUGGACCCUACCUUCCCUCGACGCCGGUCCUCCCUCCGCUCAAGUUUGCCCCCGAAACCAACUCGCGUCCCGCCUCCUGUCCCUUCUUUCCCUUCCACCCUUCCAUCACCAGCGCUCGUUCGUCGCGAUUCUCCCAACUCGCUCAGGAACAAGAAGAGUUUGAGUAUCAUCGUUCCUCGUCGCGGGUCGCAUGAUUCUACUGCCUCGGAUGUUACGUGUACGGAGGGUUCGAGGCCACCGCCUAAGGAGAGCUUACCGGACGAUGUCUUCGAGCUCCUCGACGAUGCCUCUGGGUGGGUGUGCGACCGUUCUCCGUCUUCUCCAUCGCCUUCGCAGACCACCGACGCAUCCAUGACUGAAGAGUCUGAGGUCCCGAAGACCCCGACAUCCAGUUCCGACGAAGGCCAUAGCGGUGGUGGAAGAAGGGAGCGCCAGGGAUCUUUUGGACUCCCUGUACCUAGCAGCUCGCCCCUGGCUCUCAAUUUUCUGCAGGUCGAUGCCGCCUUAUCGCACCCGUUUACGCCCGCAAUCACCCUCGCGCCCGCCCCUUCUCCCACUUCUUCAGCCUCACCUCCGUCCUCGCCGAUCACACAUUCACCCCUCAACCUCCCGUACUUCCUCCGCGAUUCCUACCUCGAUCGUUCACCCUCCAACACUUCCGACUCUUUCGACCACGACGACGAGGAAGACACGAACUGGGAUAUCACUAACGAUCGGGUCCUCCGUUCGCGUUGGUCGUCGUCCACGCUGUCCACCGUGGUGGGACGGAAAGAAGAGGGAUCGAUGUCAGCGUUGUUGAAGUCUCAUUUCACGUUCGGAAAGCGUGGAAGGUCGUCCGCGUCGGCUAAUAAGGUGCAGGUGAGGGAGAAAGCCUCGCCGGAGAAGAAGGUCCCCAUCCCGACCAUCCAGUCGCCGAAGAAGAGCGCUACACCGGAUGUGUCGUUCAACACCUCAUCUUCGCCUUCGCCUUCGCCUUCACCGACUUCAGCGUUCUUCGCGCCGUUCUUGUCGCCUUCGUCGCAUGUUGCGAAGAGGAGUAGCGAUAUUCCGGGAAGAGCGCAGAAGAGGAUGGGAAUGGCGGGGAUGGGGAUGGGACUGGGUAUGGGGAGGAAGAGUAUGGAUAGUGUGCUUUCAAAAGCGAGCAGUGAAUCAUCUGCGAGCGAGGAGGAGAGUAGGUUGAGGAGGAAGCCGAUCCCGUUUGAAAUGCUUACGAGGCAGUAGGUUUGUGGUUCAGGUGAGUUAGGUACGAGCACUGGAUGGCUCCAUACUCUCACUAGUAUGCCGGUAUUAGUAAAUGUCUUUGUUCACUUCGGCAGCUUGCUGCGUUUUCUUGCUUUUUGGUUUGACGAUAAUCGCAUUAUAUCACACAUAUCCAGGACACGUUUUCUCGUUUAUAGCCUAUCCCCCUCGUCUUCUCAGUUUCUGUCUCCAUCAUGACCUCACAAUCGAAACGACCCACUGUAGCUCUAUCCUGCUCCCUCUUUGUUGUUUCUCUCCCCACCUUGCAUAUGCUCGAAUAUAACACUCCUUACAUACCACUUUAAUCGCUCCCUUGCUGUAUACUCUUCACGCUCAUUUCUCUCUAGUAUGGCUGGUACCUUCACACAAUCCCAUCUCACCCCCCACUCAUGUUGCAUCUGCUUUGUAUCUAGAAACUGCUUUAUUUACCUCACACUCUGUGUCUACUGUCCUGUGGUUCGAUCGAUUCGGAUCGUCCCCUCUUUUAUCCUGUAGCCUAGCGUUUUAUCGUAGCUGU